AGAAUGAGUUUGCCUCGUGUAGUGCUGAGCAGAUUUUCAGCUCCCAUCGAAAGGCUGGUGUACUGCAAGUUAUGUUUGAAGCAGCAAUCUUGCAGUUACUACAGGAAAACGACGUCCAACCCGUACAAGCUGGCCAACUUUCGACAGAAACAAGCUGUUACUCAUGAAUACCUCCCGAAGAAAGUUGAUUUCAAACGAAUUCUUCCGGAUAAACCAGAGGAGCCAGUUCUUGUUGACCAUUAUCCGGCUAAAGAAAAACUGAAGCAUUGUGACCAGCUGAUGCAGUUUUUUGAGCCUAAAGAUAGUUGGGGAGAGGGUCUGGUGAAAGACUGUUUUAGAGGGCAAAGCUGGUCUCUGGGAGUAUUGCGGGGCAAAAGCCAUUGUGAUCUACAUAAGUUGUGGUAUGUGUUGUUGAAAGAGCGAAACGUGCUGCUCACUCUAGACAGGGAAUGCGAAGAGACAGACAGGACAACACCGCACGAGGACAGAUUGGAGAAGGCCGAACAGAGUAUGGAGAACAUCCUCAAUGUUGUGGAGGAGAGAGAUGGGGCUGUGGAUCGACUUGAGAACGAAAGAAGCCGACCCAAGGGAGCAUAUACAUGGAACAUGUUUGGGUUCAGAUACUGGAAGUGGUUCCGGGAACACUCUGUUCCCUGGUGGGAGAACGAGCGAUUCAGACUCGAGAAUACCCAAUAUCGCGAUUACGUCAUUCCUUGGAUGCGCCUCCGUCUUGAACGAAGGAGGACGAAGCUGCUAGCUCAGAGACGACAUUUUGAACGAAGGUUGAAAGAAUCAGCGAAGAAGUAUCCGAAUGUACCGAUGCCCCCACUGCCUGAAGUUGACAAUCCUCUAAAAGAGGAAAAAUUCGAUAUCAAUGCGUACAUGCAUAAAUACAAAAACUCAGUUGAACAUCAAUCAGAAUCGACAGAUGAGGAAGAUCUGCAAACUAGAUAGAUUUCUUUUAUUCUGAGUUUUGAUAGCUUUAACAGAAUAAACCACGUUUUGUUCUAAUAGACGUUUUGUUCAUCUGCACAAAA